AUGCCCAGCAGAACUGCCCGCUAUGCCCGCUACAGCCCCAGACAACGGCGGCGGCGGCUGUUGGCUGAUCGCAGUGUGCGUUUCCCUAAUGAUGUUCUCUUCUUGGACCAUAUCCGCCAAGGCGACCUGGAGCAGGUGGGGCGCUUUAUCCGGGCUCGGAAAGUCUCCCUGGACACUAUCCACCCCUCAGGCCUGGCUGCCCUGCAUGAAGCUGUGCUCUCUGGAAACCUGGACUGUGUGAAGUUGCUGGUCAAAUAUGGUGCUGACAUUCAUCAGCGGGAUGAGACUGGCUGGACACCUCUGCAUAUUGCUUGCAGUGAUGGGUACCCUGACAUAGCCAAGUAUCUCAUCUCUUUGGGAGCAGACAGAGAUGCAGCCAAUGAUGAUGGCGAUCUGCCCUCCGACCUUAUUGAUCCAGACUUCAAGGACUUGGUGGAACUCUUCAAAGGAACCAGCAUGGACUGA